AUGUGCCAAGGUGAGAUCGACCUUCAAGUGAAUAAAGAGAAGAUUACCAAGGAUGAUAUCUCGUUUAGCAGAAUACCUCGAGCACCACCACAGCCAGUGUCAGAAGCAGAGAAGAUCUCCGAUCUGGGGAGGGUAGAAACUCAUAAAGAAGCCGCCGUACCGGGACUGGAAACACAAGGGAGGAGACACUUGAUCAACGUUUACCGUCGUCGACGGGACAGAGACGACGACGUUUUUCACCUUGAGGAGAUCCAAAUUUGGAAUCGAGAUUCCUUGCGAUCUCACACUCUCUCAGCCUCUCCGGCUCAGCUUCCUCUUCCUUGGCGGCUUCCAUAUCGUAGUUUCAACACUAUUCUCGAAUCCUUCAUCUUCAGCUCGUGA